AUGUUUGGUUUAAAAGGGGGAAAAAAAGGCACAAAUCAACAAGAGCCCACUGGAUCAUCUGAUAUAAAUGUGCGUCACAUAGAGUGCUCAAUAUCGAAGUCAUCAAACAAUAGUGCAUCAUCAGGAAAAAAGUAUGUUACGUUGCAGAAUGUCAAACAGGAUGAAGCAUCGACUAAUGUAUCAGAGUUGAAAUCAACAGAAAAAAUACAAGCGCUUGAUUGUUCACCAGUCGGUUAUACAUUAAGCCAUUUGCUUGAUAUGAACUUGCACGAUUGUUCACAGCAGUCAACACCUAUCAGUUCGAGAUUAGACGACUCGUUGGAUAUUACGAUUUAUUGGGCUGAUGAAAAAGGUCUUAAAUUUUCUCUAGUUGGUGGUAAAUUGGCAACAGCAUCGAGCUUGUUGUUAUUACUCGCUGAUCAUCUGGGCGUUGUUGUUGAAGUUUUCAAGGAAGUAUGUGCUCUCUGGAUGGUAUCGAGCUUGUUAGAAGUGCAACUGAAACCACAUCAUAAUCCAUAUGAGAUUCGGAAAAAGUGGAUACAAUUCCUGCAGAGAUUUACGAAUGCUGAAAAAGUGCAACUGAAACCACAUCAUAAUCCAUAUGAGAUUCGGAAAAAUUGGAUACAAUUCCUGCAGAGAUUUACGAGUGCUGAAAGUAGUGAAUUAGUUGCUGACGAACCGCUUCUUGUAUUGAAACGAAAUGUGCAACUAUCCGUUGAACGAGAACGUGAAUUGGAUCAAGAAUACACGAAUGAGAUAUUAACGGAGAUAUUGUAUAGAAGUGCAAAGCAGGAAGUUUUAAAUGGUCGAUAUGUAUGUGAUAUCGAAUUAAACACAAAAUUGGCAGCCUUACAGAUGGCUAUCGAUUUAGAACCGAAUGAUGACACGGAUAUACUGGAUAUGUUUGUAGAAGAGAUAGAGACGUUUUUUCCGCUAAGGUAUCGACAUAAUGUCAGGACCUUCCAUUUAUUUGGUAUUCCGAUUGUCGGUUGCAGGGGUUUAGAAACACGAGUUCUUGAAGAAUAUCAAAAUAUAAGACUGAAUUUCGAGAGCAAACAUAACUGCCGAAAGGCAUAUCUCAAUAUCAUCCGCAACAUACCUUUUUAUGGGGCUGCUUUUUUUCGUGGGUACGUUGAACGACCAUCAGGAGGACCGUUGGAAGAAAUCAAAAAAAUGAUAUUUCCGAUGACAUUGCCGGAUAUUCCGGUUCUUAUUGGAAUCAGUUGUGGAUACGUUACAUUGAUUAAUGAAACAAAACAAGAAGUUCUUCUCGUGCAGCGAUUGCUUGAUUGCGCUUGCCGCUAUUUCGAUGAUCAUUUCGAAGUUGCUAUGUCAGCAGUUGGUUUAUCUGAUUACCCAUGUUUCCUCUUGACUUUUCCGGAUAGUUCAUUUAUAGUCAACCAUAGUUUAAACUCCGAAGCUGAAGUGUUAAAAUUUUCGGAAAAAAUGAAGGUGCUUCAGGUAUUUAGCAAACAAGCUAUCAUGAUUGAAGCACUCAUAAAUUCUUUAACCAAACUGCUGCAACGAAACAGUAGUGGUGUAAUACCAAACUUGAAGCAUAGUUGCCGAAAGAUAGGAGUACAGGACGAAUCGCCAGAUUUUGAGGGAGCAUUAUUGAGUGAUAGCAGUCCUGAUGAUAAUGCACAUAUAACUAACAUCUCAGUAAAUGGACAUUAUGUCCACCAAAAUCAAAGCUACGGUGUGGAAAUUAUUGGUAAUCGGUGCUCGAGUUCGUCAAAUUCAUCUCGUACAAAUGAGCAAGCUAGAGGAAAUAGUAACGUUCGCCGAAGUUUGGUAAACGUCUAUAGCUUACCAAGCCCAUUUAUCAGCCGUGUCAAUAAACUAUGUUUGGCCACACUUGAUGCUGAUGGCCACUGUGUGGAAGCACAGGGUUCAUUAAGAGUUUUGCUAGAAGUGAUGUAA